ACACAAGCGCGGCCACGACAGAGGCAUUUGCAGACGUCAAUACUCCUACACUUGGAGUCGAGCUUCCCACACAAUGGAUUUCUUUUAACGAGGAUUCUCUAUUGCAGAAUAACAUCUACUGCCAUAAGCUAAAAGCUUUAAAAGACCAAAGUAGCAAUGUGUUACUUGUUGCUUGAGACCUAAAUCUAUCGUUAUGUACUGAUGUUGAUCAUAGGUUUGCUGACAUCGGGUAGCUAUCUUAGACACGAAGUUGUUAAUACAGCUGCAAUAUGGAGGAUUUACUAACUCAGAUUUCAAAGGACGCUGCUCCUGCCAAAUUUGCUAAUUUAAAGAAAGCGUGUAAAGAGGCAUUAGAUUUUCUUGGAGAUGAGAGCAAGGCAUCCAAAGCCCCAGUCUAUUUGCUCAGAGAAAAAUGUUUGUCUCCGCUACAGUUGGCCAUGGAGUCCCACAACCACAAACUUGCCACUUCUGCUGUUGGCGGUUUGCAGAAAAUCUUGCAGGACAGCAGGUUCCAUUCUCCUCUGGAAGAAGAGGAAGAGCAACACUGGCUGCCUAUGCAGAUACUCCGUGUCGUGGCCUCAGCUCCAAAUGUGAACGAAGACACACAAGUUGAAGUGAUGAAGAUUCUUUUGAAUAUGACUUUUUCCACGGCUUGGUGUAUGAAUGCAAAAGUCAUUACAAGAAUUACAGAGUUAUUCUUAAUAACCUACUUAACCAAUAACAAACAAAAGAUCCAGGAUGCAUGCCUGUGCUAUUUCACGCAAAUCCUAGGUGUUUACUAUCAGAGACAACUAAUAGUUCACAGUCAGUCAUAUGUAGAUUGUCAGAAGGGAGAGAAGGUAACCCAGCAAGGGUGGGGUACACAUCUAGAAGCUGGGGCAAUUAAGCCAUUUGCCAGUCCCCCUUCCUGUGUGAUUGUGGAGGUUUUAAGUAUCACAAUUAUGAUAGUACACUCCCUUCACUGCUUUUCUCCUUUCUUCUCUCUAUCCCAGGUGUGUAUACAGGUAUUCUCAGGCAAUCACAUUAGUGCUAGACCUGCUGUGAAGGCUACACUAGUUCAGUUGCUUUCUUCCUUUGCUGAGAAAUUGAAAACUAUUGAUGUCAAAAGGCCUGAGGAAGAGGCAAAAGGUGCCAUUGCAGAAUUCUCAAUGAAUGGGCAAAAGGAUACUGUCGAUCAUUUAGCACAUGACAUAGUGACCAUCUUGAAAUACCUGUGUACCAGGUUAGCACAGAGUAGCAGUAGCCCACAAGCUAGAAAUGCUGUGCCUCUGAUACUAGAGGGAAUUCACGCCAUCUUGAGCAAUGUUCCGUCUUCCAUCAGACAGGUGGGGGAAUUCCUAGAUUUAUUGUGGCAGGACCUGUGCCCCACACUAAUAGUAAUCAUAGGCAAUCCCAAGCUUGACAAGAGUAUAACAUCUCAAAAGACUGGGUCCCAGGAUGAGGUUGGGCGUGGCUCCGGGUGCUCUCAAACUGCACCUGCCUUAUUGGGACCAUCUGCUAAAACUGUCUACAGCAUAUCUGUGGAACUAGUCCGCUUAGUGGGCAGUGUUGGAUCUCUUAGGCCGGUGCUUGAGUCUUUGUUCCAUAGGAUCCUUUUGUAUCCACCAAUACAGCAUAGAUUAGAGGCACUGAAAGCUAUGAAGGAGUUACUGAACAAUCCAGAACACCUGAUUUCCUUAGCUGGUCCUACAGAAGAUGAUGACUCUAAGAUUGCUGGCAAAGUGAGAAAAACACAUAGCCCUGAUACGUCCUUAAUCAAACUUGUUGUGGAUUCCAUGCAGGAGUCUUGCCACUGUAGUGACUCAGCCACUUGUAUCACAGCUGUCAGUAAUGUGGACAUGCUGCUGAAGACUGUGGAGAAUAUCACACAGGGGAAAGUACUCAGGGAACAGCAGGCUGCAGAACUGAUGGAAAGAUAUAAGAAGAUGGACCAAGAUGUCAUGAAUCACACUGAGGGAUCUAAAGAAAUGGAUAUUCAAGCCACAGAAGUUUCCACAACAGAUCUUCAAGACUCAGAGGAUAAGUCUAAACUAAGCCAAGAGACAAUGCCCAAUGCUGAUAGUUUGCCGAAGGAAAGUUACUAUAACCUUUCCAGUAAAGUCCGAGUUCGACAGUGUCAUUCUGACCAGAUUGAACGGAAAAGUACCAAAGAUUACAUGCAAUAUCUAAUGAAAUUUCUGCCCUCUGUGAAGGACAUGUGCAGUGGUCAUGAGAUAGAUGAAGCACUGCUGAAUCUUGCAUCUAGAUUUUGUGCUGACCAGCAAAAUAUGCAGAGUGUGGAUUCUGAUAAUGGUGUCUCUGCUGAGGUGGCUAUACUCAAUGCAGAUGCUGUCUAUGUGUCAACAUAUACAGCUUUGUCCUUUAGCCUAAAACUGAGUCAGUGCCAAUAUUAUGAAUAUUCAGAGAAGCAAGUACCAUCAACACUGUCUGAGGAGGAAUUCAAGGAAAGUAUCAUUGGAGAAGGCCUGCUGCUGUAUGUGUCACCUUCCUGGUUGUCAGAGCUUUAUAACCAGGUCCUGCAAGUUGAUUUAAUGAAAUUGGCUGGGGCAGAAAACAAUUCUGAAAAUGUUUUCAUGAAUCUUAUCAUAGACCUGGAUGGACUUCACAGCAGAAAGCUAGGUGGACAGCUGCUCACUGGCUGCAGUAAUACCACUGUUGUUGAUGCUGACAAGCAUGAUGUCAGCACUGAAGCAGGUAUGCUUCUGGCCCAGAGAAUCCUGACCAGCUGCUGGGAGGGCACCCUAGAUGUGCUCUCUGUACUGCUGACUGGGAAGAGUUCCUGUGGUAUCACCAGUAGUUUUGCCCUGAUGUUAGGCACUGAGGGAGCCAAGGAGGAAACCCUCAAGGCCAGGGAGGCUAUAUGUAUGAGUUUGGAUGGCCUGCAAAGGGCAGCUAGACUGGCCUGCUCUUUAGGCAUGCAGUCUAGAUGUGGGAAGAUAUUUGCUUUGUUGGCCAAGGCUUCUUGUGUACUUGAAGAAGAGCAGAGACCUUCAAAGCAAUCCCCGUCCACUGAGUCUAAACCCACCCAGGCUAAUCCUAGUAAACCUAAGCCUCCCAGGUUACAUGCGGCCCAUGCUCUUAGUAUGGAUCUUAUCCUUUCCAUGGGAUUGGAGAUGGGGAGUCAUGCCUCAGACUGCUGGAAGCAUGUGUUCAGAUGCUGUAAUCAUAUUGCUGAGUUGGAGCACUUAUACUUCACCCGCUGUAGCCAGGGGAAGCCUAAACCUACUGCAGAAGUUGGAGGUUCAGAAACACUGGGAGACCCAGACAUCAUCCCAGCAACUUUCACAGGGAUACCAGCAGCCAUCUGUGUUCCCUCAUCUAAGAGUGUUGCUGAGAUCAUCAAACAGAGUGGUGUGGCUGCUGGCUGGGACAGUGCCAUGACAGGAGGAGCGGUUCUCAGUACAUCUCAGUCCACUGAAGUCCUGUGUGCUCUGUCACAACAAGUGGACAGAUUAUUUGAUGAUGCAGCAAGAAAGCUAAACAUGAAGUCAUUGGUGGAAUAUUUAGGUGCAUUGAGCAGUUCUAGCCACUCUCAGUUAUUUGGUAAGAACAGACACCUUGAGGAUGUCUCCCCCUCUACCCUGUUAUUGUACAGACUGGGGGAUGUCAUGUUAGAGGUGCUGAAGAGUGACAGGCCACUGUAUCCUGUUAUGAAAGCCUGGAAUAGAGUGGCACCCCAUUUUGUAGAGGCUGCAUGUCACAGUGAAGGAAGAAUAGCCAAGAAGGCUGUCACCUGUCUCCAUGACUGUGUCACAUUGAGGCUUGGUUCCCAUCCAGAGCUGCCGCACCUCCACUUCAAUGAGGCCUUGUGCAAGCCUUUUGAAAACCUGCUCUGCUUGGAUUUGUGUGAUGGAGAUGUUCAGGACCAGAUAAUUUGCUCUAUAUGUGAGCUAGUUGAAGCCUGUGCAUCAGAUAUCAAAUCAGGCUGGAGACCACUGUUUGGGGCACUGAGGGCUGUCAAGAUAGAAUACACAGUGAAUGAAGAGAUCAAUGAAGCUCGUCAAAGACAUGUCUCCGCAGUGUUGGAUGUGUUUGAAGUAUUUCUGGACACUGACAAUGUUUGGGUGUUUGCUCAUGCCGCUGUAGACUGUAUAUUAUGUCUUCUCAAAUAUGUCCGAGGACCAGGAGAGUUUGAAGACAUAGCAGACUCGGACUCUGACAGUGACAUUGAGGUGGGGAUGUCUGUACCUGAUGCAGAGAACUUAGUUCUUCCUGCUCUACGCUAUCUGAAGAGGUGCUGCGCUCUGUUAUCUUCUAUGUGGACAAUGCCUGCCUGUCCAGUCUUCAGUGGGGCACAUAGAAUCCAGUUAAAUCCCAAUCCACAAUCCAUAGACCCAGUCAUUCCAGACAUGGAUUUCAAAGCUUUCCAGAGAUAUUUUGAUUCCUUGUCUCACAAACAACAAGUGCAUUCACCCAGUUCCACACUAGAGCAAGAGUAUGAAAGAGAUCUAGAUUUAUUCACGCCAACCAAAUUAAGAGAUACCCAGGAACAGUGCACUGCUUCAACACAAACUGAAUUAGUUAAGCCUUCUAAAGGUGAGGAAGUGGUGAAAUCCACUGACACAGAAAUUGAGACAGAUAAAAAGGAUGGUGAUCAGUGCAAAGGAGAAGGAGAAGGAGACUAUGUUUGUAACAAAGAAUUAGAAUUAGUCAAUGACAGUGACAGUUCCUCAGGGUAUAGUCUUCCCCAUGGCCAGCCACAUAAACCAUGCCCAAAUAGUGAUAGUGAACCAGAUGAAGAACCUGUCAGGUAUCCAAAUGUGACCCAUUCCAUUCCUUCCCCUUCUAUGGAUUACAUACCUGUUGCCCUGGAAACAAUGGAUAACCAUACUGGGCUGCUUCAUGUCUGGUUCCUGGUAUUGGAGGGCCUUACCAAUGCUGUGUCUGCAUGCCCCAAGAACUACCAGCCACAGACACUUGAGACUUUGUUUGAUUUACUGCGGGAUGCUUCUAAGACUCCUGGUUGUGAGUUCAGCACCCACUGUGUCAACCACCUUCUGCUGCCCAUGUUACAAGGCUGGCUGAGGAAAGGUGGGCAGUACAGGAGCUUCUGGGAGACCACAGCUACCAACUUCAAGCAGUGCUGUGGACUGUGCACAGACUUGGUGGUGGAACUCAUAGUACAGUUUACAGCAUCCCCGGAAACCACACCAAGCUUGGAAUUCCUGUUGAAGCAGAUGUUGGAUGUGUUGAUAGAGUGUAUCAGCCAGUCAGUAGAGACCAUUUCAAGGCUGGGCUGUGCUUGCACAAGGCACAUAUUACUAAGUGGUGGCCCCCUCUUCACUGAACCCAUGUGGCACAUUGCCACCACCUCCUUACUGAGAGCAUUUGAUGUGACCAUGUACAGCCUGAAACAGCUAAUGGUGCUAUUUGAGGCCAGCUCUGAUAACUUCUAUGGGGACAUAGGCCAGGUGAAGGUGGCAGCAAGAAAGGACAGCACCCCAGCCCAGUGUGAGAGACUGAGGCAGCUGGCCCGGCAGGUGUUUCUACUGGACAGUCAGCAGGCGUGUCUGUCCACACAGAGUGCUGUAGAUGAUGACAAGUCAUACGUGUUCUUGCUGUAUCCUCCAGGGUGUGAGAAUAGUUUGAACCCUGAGCAUAUUGCAAUGAGGGUGCCAUUGAGAAACGUAGUCCUGAGCUUGCUGUCACACCAGUUGCUGCUUCAGACAGUGGGUUAUGUUCUUCUCCAGGGAACUCGCAUUUACACACAGAGUGAAUGUCAACUUCUCCCAGGUCUUAAUGCAGACACAGACUCCCAGGGGCCUCAUAAGCUUCCAGGUAUGCUGCAAAAGCUGUCCACCAGGAAUGUUCUGGUACUUUUCAAGUGCCUGGAUGAAUCAUAUAGGUUUGCGUGUGAUUUUAACUCCAGGCCAGGGCUGAAAUUUCUCAUCCAGAAGGUGAUCAAUUCAUCUGUAGCCUCGAAUUUGUACAAGUCUGCUGGGGCAAGCAUGACAUUUUGUGUACACGCACUCCUGGAAAUAUGCCUCCACCAAGAGAACCUUACACUAGAGAAAAUAGCAACUGAGCUGCAAAAUCGAGGCCACCUGGAAUUUGAACAGUGUAACAAUGAAAGCUCAGAAAAUGCCGGUGCUGGUAAUGAAAAACUUGAACCUUCAAAACAUGAAGACGAAUAUGACAGUUACAAUAAUGCAACUGAACCCAUUGACAAUCACUUUGAUUUAUUCACUCGAAAACUGCACCAAAGCUUUGCAGGAAUAUGCCAAAAGUACAUUGAGCUGGUUUUAGAUAAAGAAGGCACUUCAAGUGCAGAUAGAAUUUCAGAUAGACCCCUGUUUUUCUUGGUGUCUCAAGUUGAGGAGUUGCCCUCACUGAAAAGGGAAAAAGCCUUGUCAGAAAUUGUGGCAGAGAAAUUGAAGCAGCGAGAGCAGAAAGAUGUAGGCGGCUUCAUGACCACUGCUGUAGCACAGAUACAAGAUUCCCAUGAAAAUUCUGCAGAAGCGGAGAAGGAAGCUGUUGAACAAGACGGCAGGCCUGAUGUAGACAAGGACUUGGAUAAAGUGUAUCAGGUUGCCACAGAUGUAACCAUUCAGUCCGUUAUCAGCACAUACAAAAAGAGAAAGCAACAGAAGACCUUGCCUAAUUUUGUCAAGUUUACGAAGAAGGACAAAAAGAAGAAAAAACAAUCCAAAGACGGUUUGGAUCCAGAAAUUGAAAAACAACAGCAUGUUUCAGUUAUGAAAGAUGCUGAGGCUCACAAGGAGUCUUGGACGGAGAUGAUCUGUACCGUGUUGUAUCUACUACUGCAGUUGCCAGACCAGGAUUUCCACGCCCUCUUGCCUGUAGUGUUCAGCUGGAUAAAUCAGCUUAUCUGCCAUGUGGAGAACCAAAGGUUGAAAGAUGCAAUAGCCAAGUGGCUUCACAAGGUAGGACACAUGAAUGGAUGGAGUGGCCAUGAUGCAAAAUGAACUUAAAAGAAGAAAUAUGCUAUUACAUUUGAGGACAACUUUGAAUUGGUGACUCUGGUAUAGAGGGAUAAAUAUCUUCAGUUAUUUUUAAGAAAUGGAAACAUUACUGGUUAACACAUGAAUGUGCAUAAAAGCCACAUAAUUAGAAGCAAAAAAAAAAAAAUCAAAUAGUGUUACUACUUUAAGCACAUCAAAGGAACUUGAUUGGUAGCAAAUAAGAGCUUAGACAUGGCAAAAACUAGCUUCAAGAAAGUGAAACACUUAACCACAGUACAAAUAUUGGCAUUUUUAUUUUUUUCUCAUUUUUAUUUAUUCGUUUUUGGUUUGUUAGGGUAAUGCAUUAUGGAUUAAUUCUCUGUAACUCCAGUUUAGCAUGAACAAAAUAAUGCAUUUCAGCUUUUACUGUACAUCAGAGGUAACUUGAUGGGUAUCAUAUGAGUGCUUUUCAAGGGCAGAGAUAAAAAUUAGCAUGUUGGAUAGAGUUUAACUGUGUAAUCAGUAAUGCUGACAAAAUACAUAGAUCUACCGUUAAACGUGUUGUUAGCAAUAAGGUAAAUCUAGAAAAUGUUGAGAAAUGUGCUUCUUAAAAAUAUUAUGGAAUAUGAGUAAACAAGUAUGUUUGGCAAGCGUGUAUAAUUGUACUGUGUGAGGCUUCAGUUCCUUUGAGGAACAUAAUAAACUCAGUCAUAUUACAGACUAUAAUGUUUUAAGGACUGUGAAAGUGUGACAUGUUUUUUUGGGUUACAUGUUCACUGCUUUGACAAUCAGAGCAUGGUCUCCAAAACAUUCAGCACUUGUGUAUUCAGUUGCUUAACAAACAGUAUUAUAUAAAUGGGAAUUUUAUUAGAGGCUAUUUGAUACAGUAGGUGAGAGGUAUGUUUAUAUCUAAGCAUAAAGAAAAACAACUUAUGAAAAGGAAAGCCAAGACAUGUUCUCCUUUUGUGGAGCAGUUUUAAAAAGUAACAGAAUCGGAAAGCGUAAACAAUUUGUUUUGGGAUAGAAGGCAGGAGAAAUCUACCUAUAUUUUUUAAUUUCAUGAAAAAUUAGACAUAAACAGUUUUGGCCCAAAAAAUGACAAUUUACCAUUACUGUGAAGAAAUGUUAUAGUCAUGAUUACUGUUAAGUGUUACUGUUACUGUAAACUAUUUAAUUGAAUGUUUUUGGGGUGUCUUUGCUAUCUUAAUGCAAUGAACAAACAGUGUCUAGGCUCUCUAUUUAAAUAAGAACCUACAUGUACAUUUACUGGGUUCUAGAUUCAAACUUCACUUUAUUUUUGUAUUUGUAUUUACCUGCCAUGUAAGAUACCCAUGUUUAUAACUAAACACAUCCUACACAUUCUGGCUUCAGAUUUAAUUUGUUGCCAAACUGAAGGCAUUUGAUAUGGGGCUCCAAUGUACAUGUAUAAUUUAUCCUUGGAAUGGGUAUUGAUUUUUUUCUUUACACCAUAAGGAGGCAAGUUUUGGGGUUUUUUUUGGUUUAAAUUCAGUUUCAUCUUACAUAACAGGAAAGAGUGGGGAUUUCCAGUUGUGUGGUAUAAUAUUUGUUAUCAGUUAAUUUGUGUGUACGUGACUGUGGGCGUCUCAACAGCUUGUUUAUAUUCUUGAAUUUUGUUUCAACAUGAAAAAAAUUUAUUUCUUUUUGUAUUAUGGUUUUGUUUUUAUGCUUUUAAAGUAUCACAAGAGGGAUCAAAAUGUUUACUUAAACAUAAUAUUGUAAUCAUUUUGUUUUGCUUGUUGGAAAUUAAAUGUUGUGAUAAACAAGGAUAUGAUACUUUGUAUUUUUGCAUUUGGGUCAUUUAAUGAUUUUUAUUAUAAUUUUCCUUUUUUGUGUGCAAUUUGUGUCACAACUGUUAUUCAGUUACAUAUCUAUUGGUUGUAUGAAACCAAAUUUCACAAGCUCUUAUGGGCGAUAAACUUAUAAACCUUUUAUUGAAGCAAAAUUAAGCUUCUUAGAAAAUUUAAUUUGCAAAAAUUUUUGUUAAGAAAACCACCCAAACUUAAUAAGAUUCUGUCAGUGGUUCUGUAUAAGUGCAUGCCUAAAUUAGUGUUUACGGCGAAUUGAUUGGUUUUUAACAGUUUCAAAGAGCCUACAAAGCAGCUGAGGCACAACCACAAGUGCUGCAGUGGUUAGGCUGUGGCAUAUCCAUGGGGGAAGAAAAAAAUAUGUACUUUUUUAAAAAUGAACAUUUUGGAAAGAUCACCACGUUUGAAGCUAGUGAGAGAGAAUUUCAAUACUCAACAUGGAUCUUAAAUCACACUCUCGUCUCUUGAGAACAGUGUAAAUGGUCUUAACUCGAUAUUUUUGGUUGAAAUAGGGGAUGCAGAAA